AUGGCCCUAUACUUCCUUUAUCCCGCCGUGGCCGCCUUGGCCUUGUUCAUCGUGGGCGUGAUCAUUGUCAUGCUGCGCUACGGACCCCGUUUGUGCGGUUUGCGGCACCAUGCCCUUCCGGACGACGACGACCUGCGGGGGAAGACGUACGAGCAUGAGAUAAGCUAUGCCUAAUCUCAUUCAGGGAUGUCCCAGAAAUCGAAUCCAUCCAAAAGUGCUUCAGAAACAACUUCAACUAUCAGAAAAUAAUUUAAAAGACACCGAAAAUAAUGUUCAACUACAAAAUGUUGUAGUUUUGCCAAUUACCCUCCCAAAAAUAUUCUGAGAUUUCUGGGACUGCCCUGAUUAUACUUUACAUACUUCUUAUACAUUCCGGCAAUGUUUUGAAUUGCUUCUUCUAUAUCUCCCCAAAACUAACUCUAGCCUCUGUAAGAACCCCCACUAACCUUUCUGCACCCAACGACCAUAAUUAUUUUGCAUGCAGUACAAAUAGCUUCUUUAGCCACUAGCAUUGCUCGAGCCGUUUCCAUUCCAUUUACUACAACCAGACAAUGUGCCUUCAAUGUAGAGUCUCGUAAGAAAAACAUACCGUCCAAGUGUCUUUUUAGUGCUAGUAAGAUCGAACUGUAUUUAAAUUAAAUGCUAUUUACCCUUAUUGGGUAUCCUGCAGAUGCAGCAUUUAAUGUUGUCCAAUAUUAUAUUUGUAUAAAACAUAUCAGUGUCUUGUAUUUUCAACAGUUAAUGCAAACUCUAUACAUUUGUAUUUGUCCGUUUAGUUUUCGAAUAUUGUCUUCUGAAAUUACAUGAAAUAAAGCUACAAUUUACGGCCCAUAAACUAUA